AUGUUACCCCACAAAGUUGCCCUGUUUGCCCUCUUCGGUGUGGCAUUGGCAGUUCCUAUGGAAAAGAGAAGCUCUAGCUGGUCUUUCUUGGGCUGCUAUACGGAUAACGUCUCGGAAAGAACCCUCGUGGAGGGUAUUCCUGCCCCUGGAGGGGCGACCAAUAUGACCGUCCAGAAUUGCCAGACCGGCUGUCAAGCUUUGGGUUUUACUCUAGCUGGGUUAGAGUACGCCGAUGAAUGCUACUGUGGCAAUGCCCUGCAGAAUGGCGGCGGUCCGGCCCCCGAUGGAAGUACCGGCUGCGAUAUGGCGUGUGCUGGGAAUUCUGCCGAAAUUUGUGGAGGGCCAAAUCGCCUGGAUCUGUACCAAUAUGGCAAUGCUGUAGCCACCACUACAUCUAUCACCACGGCCGUGUCAUCCACUCAGGCCACCACGAACGCCACAUCUACAGGGUCGUCCAAUUACUGGUACGAGAAUAUUGAACACCAGGGGAUUUCUGCCUUUGGGCCCUCUGGAUAUACGGUCUAUCGAAAUGUCAAGGACUAUGGUGCCACGGGUAAAACCCACCAUCUCGACUGGAUUCGGAUCAAAGCUAAAUUCUUUUCGCUAGGAAACGGGGUGACUGACGAUACCGCGGCCAUCAACGCUGCUAUCAGCGAUGGCGGUCGUUGCGGUGAGGGCUGUUCAUCCAGCACCACCACUCCGGCAGUUGUAUAUUUCCCCGCGGGAACCUAUUUGAUCUGCUCCUCCAUUAUAGACCAGUAUAACACCAUUUUGCUGGGGAAUCCGAACAGCCUACCGACGAUAAAAGCUAGCUCUAGCUUUUCUGGCUUUGGCCUGAUCGAUGGAGACAAAUACUAUACUGCAUCACUCAAUUGGGGCUCAACAAAUGUCUUUUACCGCCAAGUGCGUAAUUUCAUCCUAGACAUGACGAGCAUCCCAGCUACCUCCUCGGCUACUGGAAUCCACUGGCCCACGGCCCAGGCAACGAGUCUGCAAAAUCUCAUAUUCCAGAUGAGCUCGGCAUCAGGCACGCAGCACGUCGGUGUUUUUUGUGAAUCAGGUUCCGCUGGUUUCCUCACCGAUUUAACUUUCAAUGGCGGCUUAUAUGGCAUCCAGGUUGGCAAUCAGCAAUUCACUAUGCGCAAUUUGGUUUUCAACAACUGCGUCACCGCUAUUAAUCAGCUGUGGGACUGGGGCUGGGUGUAUCAAGGAAUCACCAUAAACAACUGCCAGACUGGUAUUGACAUGUCCGCGGGCGGUUCCUCCGACCAGGCAGUGGGCUCAGUCAUUCUUGUGGACAGCACCAUCACCAAUACUCCAGUGGGAUUGCUGACAGCAUUUACUGAGACCGUGGCCAAUAAUGUGGCCAACGGCAGUCUCAUUAUUGACAACAGUAUCUUCAAUAAUGUCCCAAAUAUUGUCAAGUCUACCUCCGCAGGAACUGUUCUGGCAGGCAGCAGCGGCAGUGUGACGGUAGCUGGUUGGGGUGAGGGCAACAGCUACACCACUUCAGGCCACACACGUUUCCAGGGCUCCUUUACUCCAAUCACUCGAUCUUCAGCACUCCUUAGUGGCUCCCAAUACUACGUUCGAUCCAAACCCCAGUAUGGUUCCCUUGCGGCCUCAUCUUUCCAGAGCGUGCGCAGUGCGGGUGCAACUGGCAACGGGGUCACAGAUGAUACGAGCGCGUUACAAAGCGUGAUCAACAGUGCCACGGCGGCUGGGCAAGUGGUGUUCUUUGAUGCUGGUACAUACAAAGUCACCAGCACGUUGCUAAUUCCCCCCGGGGCAAAAUUGGUCGGCGAGGCAUAUUCAGUAAUCAUGUCCAGCGGCAGCUACUUUAACAACAUCAACUCCCCCCAGCCGGUGGUUCGCGUGGGUACCGCUGGACAAGCUGGCCAGGUUGAAUGGUCCGACAUGAUUGUAAGCACACAGGGUGCUCAGCCUGGGGCCGUUCUGAUCGAAUGGAACUUGGCUGCCUCCGGGACUCCCUCGGGGAUCUGGGAUGUCCACGCCCGCAUCGGAGGAUUCACAGGCUCCGAUUUGCAGGUGGCUCAGUGUGAAAAGACUCCCUCCAGUACUUCUAUUAACUCAGCAUGUAUCGCCGCCUACAUGACUCUGCAUGUGACAGCAUCAGCCUCAAACCUCUACCUGGAGAAUGUGUGGCUGUGGACCGCAGAUCACGACAUCGAUGACGCCUCAAAUACCCAAAUUACCGUUUACAAUGGGCGCGGUCUCUACAUUGAAAGUACCGCCGGAACAUUCUGGCUAGUCGGAACUUCGGUCGAACACCACACCUUGUAUCAGUACCAGCUGGCCAAUACUCGGGACGUUUACAUGGGUUUCAUCCAGACGGAGACACCCUAUUAUCAACCCAACCCUCCAGCGCCCGCACCGUUCACUGUGGUAUCUUCAUUGAAUGACCCUAGCUUUUCUACUUCUUGCUCUGGCCAGUCAGCAAACUGCAAUGACGCAUGGGGUCUCCGAAUUGUGAGCUCCGACAACAUCUUUGUGUACGGAGCAGGACUAUAUUCCUUCUUUAACAACUACGACGGCACUUGCAAUGCCCAGAAUGGCCCCGAGAAUUGCCAACCAAAUAUUUUCGACUUGGAAGGUAGUGUUGAAUCAAUCGAGGUCUACUGUUUAAGCACCGUCGGUGUGCAAAACAUGAUCAGCCAAAACGGCCAAUCUCUGGCGCUUUCUAGUAAUAACGUUGAUGUUUUUACUGACACCAUUUCCCUGUUCCAAAUUGCGGCUUAG